CGAGGUGUUUUUAGCUGAUGUCGCUUAAACGCACCGUUUCCUAUGUUCCGAUCGCCGAAAGAAAAUUCAAAACCAAACGCCACAGAGAAAGCAACAAAACUACAAACGCAAGAACGAACUCGGCAUUGUUUUAACGAUGAAAUCAAAGCUUGCUCCGACUGUGCACCAACUGAUGGCACAAAACGACGACGAUGUUCUCCAAACAACUCCUUUUCACGGAACGUUCUGUCUGCUUCAAUUAUCCAUUGGAGAUUUUGGUGGUGUUAGUUUGAUGGGAACUAGUUUUCCAUGGAUUCCUCUCUCCGGACUUCCUCUUCUCGGACUUCCAGAUUCCGCUUCAGAGACCACGAUGAAAUGGAAAAUUCACCACAGUCCGAAUCCAGCUCCGACAUCUCUUCCCCGUCAAGCGAACGUGAAGAUGAGGCUGAGCUCCAAUCCAUGACUGGAAAGGGAAUCGAGCGUCUUUGCACGGAACUGCUCGAGUUGAAGGAAGCAUCGGAGGAGGAUUUCCAGGGAAGCAUAUUUGCUAAUUAUUCAGUUUUUGUAGGAAUUUUUGCGGAAGUAGAAAGCAUCACAAAUGAAGUAGUUCAGUUGAAGAGAAAAGUUUCGGCCCACAAAGGUCUUUUAAAUGAUCUUGAUGGCAUAUAUUUAAAGUUCUUAUCAGAUGAGAGUCAUGAGACAAUUGAGUCAACAAUGGCGGAAGUAGCUCUAGGGGAUGAACAAUCAAGCCGAAGCAAGAUGGAGGCUCACAUCAGUAAUGUUUCAGAGACCUUGGACAUUCUCCUGUCAGAGAACAGGAUUGAUGAAGCUAUAGCAGUUCUAGAAAUGGAAGAAGAAAAUUCACAAAAGAUGCAGUUUGAAGAUGAUUUUCCUCAUGAUGUGCUGAAGUCAUAUGCCUCUGCAAUAUCUGAAAGGAGAGUCGUGCUUAGGUUACAGUUGACCCUUGUUGCUGAGAACCCAAGAACUGCAAAAGCCGAAUUUCAGAAGGUUCUAUCUGGACUCUGCAGACUAGGCUAUAGUCAUCUUGCCACUCAAUUAUUGACUAAAUAUUACCAUUCUCGUAUUGCUACUGGAAUCCGUGAUAUGGAUUGUUCAAAAUCAUUGUUAUAUGGGCAAUACAUUAGGGAACUUGCAAAGUUUGUGUUCUCUAUGAUAUCUCAAGCAGCAAGGAGUUUCGUAAUGUUAUAUGGUGAAAAAUGUCCUUUUGCUUCAGAACUUAUUCAGUGGGUCUCUGAAGAAAUUGAAAUAUUUGGUUCUUCUUUUAAGAACUAUGUCACGUCCAUCUCAGAAAUAAGAGGUGGUCUGGGCAAAGCAGCAGAAGCUGUGCAGAUUGCAGUUUCAUAUUGCUCUUUGUUAGAAAGUCAGAGAUUAGUGUUGCGCCCUUACUUGGUCAAGUAUAUUCUGCCAUGUAUGGAAGAGGUUUUCCAGAUACAUAUAGAACACUUCAAGAAAGUAAUUGGUAUCUUUGCUGCAACUGAUGCCUGGGUUUUGGGUAGAUAUCUUGUAUCAGGAUUGAUGAAAGGAUGGUGCCCUUCUACUGUCAUUGGCGAACAAUCCGAAUAUUGCCUUCUCACUAACAGUGGCUGGAAGUUUGUAACUGUGUUGCAGACCAUCACAGAAGAUGUCGCCCCUCUAUCUACCCUUCAAAUGGAAGGUUCUGUUGUAGGAGGACUUGUUGACCUCUUCAUGGAGUAUAUAGUCAUCCUUGAAAGAGCCAUAACCCAUGAAACAAAUGGCAUGGAGAAAGGUGGUUCAAGAAUAAAUUUGGCUGAGUCACUACAACAAGAAGUUUCUGUUUUGGUUAAUCUGUCAACACUAAAACAAUUUUUCUCUAGCUUAGUCACAACCAUCUCUGGGCAAACCAAUCAUAUUGAUCCUGGGCAAAAUAAGAUCCAGUCAGAUGGAAUUCAGGAUACAGAACUUGACAGUUGUAUUAUGUUCCUUUGUGAUGCCUCUACUAAGCUCAGAGCUCAUUUCUUCCAGCAGUUUAUAAAUAGACUGAUGUCCCUUGAAACUGGCCCUAUUCCUGGGGUGGGAAAUUAUAAUGAGAGCCAGGUUGUUCGUGAUGGAUGUCAUGGUGUGGUGCCUUCUGUUCCCUUUCAGGUAUUGUUUCUGGAAUUGAGGAAAUUAUGUAAACUAGCUGAAGAGAAUGUUUUUGAAUUGGACUGGCUGAUAGAGCUACUGAGGGAGCUGAUGGAGGCCAUAUUUGUUUGGACUACAAACAACAAAGAGAUGUGGGCAAACAUUGGAAAGAAUUCUGCCAGUCACCGUUCUGACUGUUCCCAUCAGUUCAUUUUGGAUAUACAUUUUCUCGUGGAAAUCGCAAGGUAUGGAAGAUACUUCUUCGGCAACCCCUUAACGCUUGCAAUGCUGAUGAAAUCAGCCUUGGCGUCAGUUGGACUAGAUACUGAUAGGGAUGUUGAUGAUGAUGACUGGGCUAUAAACAUUGCCACUGAAACAAUUCAAAGGCUACUGGAGAUCGAGAAAACAACUGCAACUCUAAAUGAUGACCCUCUCAGUAUAUCUGAAGAGGAAAUUGAAAAUGAAUUUGAGUCUGCAGGAGACUCUGUUCUUGGUGACAGUAACAGUGUUUCAGAGGAAUCGUUAGAAUUGAAAGAGGAUGCAAGGGCCACGUAUGCAUCAGAAGUCACUAGGAGUUCAAAAACAUCGAUAUCGAGCUCAUAUUUCAGCCCCUCGGGAGGAUCCCUUGAUCUUGAGAACUAGGGUUAUUCUACCCAUAGAAGUGCUACUAAUUCUUCAGACACCGAUGGAGACCCAGAAGAUAUUGAAUCUGAAGAUGACAAAUGCAGUUAAUUGACAAACCUAAUAUGUCACGCUUACUUUCAUCCAGGUAUUAGUUGGGAAAGCUUCUGAUGUAAGUGGUUCCCAGUAAGGCAGCGAAGAGAAGGGUUUAGUGGACGAUGCAGAGUAGGAGUUGGGAAGAAGUAAAGUUUAUUUUGUAGUAGAUUCUUAUAAUAUGCCUUGUCAAUCAGAUUGAUCUCUUGAGGACUUUAAUAAAAUGAUUUUAUGAGUGAACAAGAGAAAUAAUGAAGACUAAUGCAUGAGACUGGUUCAAUGGU